UGUAGUGGAGGGUGUGACACACAGUGUGGCUGGUCCAGGGUGUAAGUUGGAUGUAAACAAUAUCACAUGUGCAGCGUGCGGCACGGGGGGCGGCGGCCAAUCAGCGCCGCCCGUCCCCCACACUCAGCCAAUCACCGCCCGCUGAUCACGUGAUGGAAACCAACUCAAAACAUCGCCAGGGCAGCAGACGAUCAGUGAUGUCUAGACCAGUGACUGGGAGGGAGGCUGUUCGUCACGGGAGUCAGUAACACAAGUUCACAAUGAGUCUUAACAGGGAUACCUUAAUCCAUCUGUUUGCAGGCGGGUGUGGUGGUACAAUGGGUGCUGUUGCCACUUGCCCGCUAGAGGUAGUCAAAACACGACUACAGUCCUCCACAUAUGGGUACAUGAGUGGUGCUUUACCUCCACCUGCAGCACGACAAGGGGGAUCUACUACAUGCUCCACAAUAUCCCAUAAUCAACAUCGUGGUUGCAGCACACGCAGACUGUGCACCAGUGCUUUGAGAUCUGGCACACAAGUUGUUCAUCUUUCGCAACAGCUUCCUAAUCCUCGAGGGCAACGUCAUACGAUGUCAAUUUUACAUUGUCUCAAAUACAUAGUUGAAGUUGAGGGACCACGGGCAUUAUUCCGAGGUCUUGGUCCCAACCUGGUUGGGGUUGCCCCCUCUCGGGCAAUUUACUUCUGUUCCUACUCUCAGAUGAAGAAAAUCCUCAACCACCAUGUGAACAAACCCGAAUCUCCGAUUGUGCACAUCAUGUCAGCAUCCUGGGCUGGCUUUACUGCUUGCACAGCCACCAAUCCAAUAUGGUUUAUCAAAACUCGUCUUCAGUUGGACCACAAUGUGUAUGGCCAUAGUGAUUCUGCGCUCCAGUGUGUACGACGAACCUAUCGUCAACAGGGCCUUAGUGGGUUCUACCGAGGAAUCACAGCAUCAUACUAUGGCAUUUCUGAAACGGUCAUCCACUUCGUAAUAUACGAAGCCAUCAAGGCAAAGCUUAUUGCAGAUAGGCAAGGCAAUCCCAAUAAUCGUUCGACUAGAGAUUUCUUGGAGUUUAUGCUUGCUGGUGCCACGUCGAAAACCAUAGCAUCAUCCAUCUGCUACCCUCAUGAAGUAGCAAGAACACGGAUGAGAGAAGAGGGACGGAAGUAUCGAGGGUUUUGGCAAACUCUUGGCUUGGUACUACGUGAGGAAGGAUGGGGUGGGCUUUACCGUGGCUUAGCAACACAACUUGUGCGACAAAUUCCCAAUACUGCGAUUAUGAUGGCUACAUACGAGGGUGUUGUUUACGUCCUCACAAGGCGUUUCGGUGAACGUGACAGUGAAUUUUAUGAAGAUGGCUAUGAUGACAUGGACGAGACCACGGAAGAAUAGCUUGCUUGCAGCAAUGUUAAUAACGUUAAGAGGGACUUGGCCAAAAAAGAUGUUGGAAAUAAAAUGGGUAAAGCAUAUGGUAUCUUUUGAUGUUUAACUUUUGACAAAAUUACUUUGAAUGUCAAAUUGGCAAGUUGCAAUGUCACUUGUGGUACCUAAGAUGCAGCAAAAUAAAGCCAUUUAAUGAUUGAUCUUGGCUUUUUAUUACAGGUCUUCAUUUUCUUGACCAAAAUAACCCAUUAGAGUUGUCGGUCUUUAAAAUAAAAUGAUACUUUUUGCAUUGUAUUCAUAAAAAGAGAUGGAAUUCUUACAGACCUGUGCUUGUUACCGGUAAUAAUUGUAUAAUAACUGGUAAAUUCAGUUUCCAGCAUAAACCUUGACAGAUUUCAAUUGUAUAUUUUUUAGUCUUCCAGUAACUUUGUUUUUGUUUUUUUAUAACUUUUGCCAAGCCAAUAAAGGUGCUCAAGUUGUUCCUAAUGAUGGUAAGACUGUAGUGAUAACUAGUUAUCCAUUUUGUGAUGUCCUGUUCUGUAUGUAUACUGAAAUUUUUACUUGUAACUGAAUGUAACAUGUCUAUGGAUAAUAGAGGGCUUGUUCUUGAUCUGAAUAUCUCAUUUUUUUUUCUGCUUCAGUAACUUAAGUGGAUAAGUUUAAAAACAAACUCUUUUUUUUUCUUAUUUUUUUUCUUAAUUUGCAUUGGCACACUUUUCCAAGGGAGCAUACAAUGAAAAUUAAAUGUAACUGCACAAAGGCCUUUAUUAAAGUUAGGCUCCAUAUCUUGUGUGGAUAAAUAUGAAAUUGUUGAGGAUUAUAGAUAGUGUCAUGUGAAGCUCGAUUCUAGUUUAUAUAAUUGCUUACAGUCAGUCCUUCUGCAGCUCCCAGUAUAUAUACAGAUCAUGUUUUAAACAUUGAACAGUAAUCAAUAUGACUGCUUUACUGGCUAUUAACAGUUCUUAGUUUGACAAGAGUGAAUGUGUUAACUUUGUACAUAACGGCCAGCAGAAUAAUAGGAAUAAAUAGGAGAAUCUUGUGAUCUUUUAGUUAGGAAACCUGCAGUGUGCACACCAUUUUUUUUCUGAUCUUAAAUCUACUGGAAUGCUUGAACUAGGUGUAAAAGGUCAAUGACUAGUGAUUUUACACUUGCCUACUGUACUAGGGUCCCAUGAUACCACUUCAACUUUGGAACUAGAAUAAUUAAAAGUUGUAGCUUUCUUGCUGGUUAACUUUGUGAUGGUUGUCAAGCAGGCUACACGUUUAGUAGUGUAGAUGUUAAAUAUGUCUGGUAAUGUGCCUUUGGUGAAGACAAUAUUGCUGUCUAAUAGUGUAAAAUUAACAUUUGUAUCAGAUAGAUAUGGAUUGUAUUCAGUUAGUUACAAAGCAGUUAUUAUACAUUGGUUAUAAUUAUACAUGUACAGUAUUUGUCAGUUUAGUAAGGUUAGCUACAUGGAUUUUCUUUGAUCGAAAUGUAUUUGUACCUGCUGAAAUAAAUGUAUGUGGUAGUAUUCGGAUGUAUGUUGUUGCAAUGCAUGCAAGUUUCUUUUCUUAAGGUUGUGUAUGGGUAAUAUAUGAAGAAAACAGUGGUUUAUCCAAUACUGCCAAACAUUUCUUUUAGGAUUAAUGGUUUACUCUUAUAUGGAGUGUGUUGUGAAGUACAUUACAGUAGCAUGUUUGGUGAAGAGAAAAAGUUUUGUUACUCUUCCUUUAUUUAUAUACUAUAUUAUUUAUUUCUAGUCAGACACAUUGAGAUGUGGCUGUGAGUGUUGCAGUAGGUUUGGACUUCUUUGGGGAAGUCUUGUCUGGAACAAUUAGGAGAGAGAGGGGGGGGGGGGGUGAAGAGUCGAGUAAUUUAAAACACUUAACCCAGGCCAUUCUUCAAAGUACCCUGCAGGAUUAAAAAAAAAGUUUCACAUCUUGCAAUUCACACCAUUUUUCAUCGUUUAUUUAGGAAAGAAACGAAGUGGGAAAAAUAUCACGAAUCAUAAAUAUUUCAAGAUGGGAUAGGUUGCUGCUCUGCAGAAAAUUCUCUGGUAUAGCAUUGAAAUAACAAUUUAAUGAACUUAUCAAACCGAUGAUAUAUUUGCAGAACAAAAAAAUACGUGCAAUUUUGUUUUAAUAUUUUGUAACAAUUCUCCAGCCUGCUUAAUCUCUGUACAAUUUAGGGAUUUUAGUGGUGGUACAGCAGCAUAUCCCAGAAUGUGAGUUGGUUAAACAUUAAUAAUGAUCCACACUAAACUUGAGUACCAUAUUGCUUCUUUAAAGUGAGUGAGGGACUUGUUUGGGUUCAACAAGAAUACAUGCAAAUACUCUAACAAUGUUAAAAAAAAAUACUUAAGAGGCAAUCUUGUUAAAUGCAUUCCACUUCUUAGGAUCGAAUAUUAUUAUUUGGUUGUGAUAAGUUAACAUUAGCAUUUGAUUUUUGAAAGUUAAUGAAGGAAUACUUAAUACUUAUCACUAUUUGAAAAAUAGUCUCAAUCCGAGAUUGAAAGUAUAAAAUAAUUUGUGUAGUUUUAUUACUUGGUUGAUGGAAGAAAGCGAUAAUUUAAGCUCCAAACCCCACAAAAUAUCUUCUCAUGGUAUUUUAAAUGUAUUAAAAUUGAACGUUAUGAUUAAACUAGGAUAGUUUGAUAUUUGACAGUGUAGUUCUUUGAUGGGAGCCCCCUCUCCCCAAGGUUCCUAGAUUUGUUAAUCGUUUGCUCAACAAUACAUGUUUAGUUAUGAUUCCAGACUAGUUAUUUAUUACCCUGCCCCAAGAAGAGGUAGGUGCACAUUUCAUAUCAGACCAUUAAGUUUAGUAAAAUUUGUCUAGUAAAUUCUUGUGUACACAAUUUAUAUUAAUUAGCUUAUUUUUUUUUACUUGCAGUGUACUGCCCUUCAAUGGGCAUAGCUUUUGUUAAUGGCUCAAUCAACCUGGACCAUGCUAAUUUUGAUAAAAAAAAAAAAAAAAAAUUAUCGGUGCUAUGCUCCAAUAUAUUACGACCACUGUAUGUUACACUGCAAGUCUGUUUUGGUAGCUUUCACUGCUUAAGUUUGUAUUAAGCAAGUUCAAGUUUAGAAGCCACCUUCAUAAUCUGGGCAAUAUUAUCAUGAAUAUUAUGUUUUACCUAUGCUGUCACUGAUGAACUUUCUUGGCUGUACUAUUGGAUAAGGUAUGUGCUGCAGCAGUUUA